GAAAGUGCAGAAGGAAGAAGUGGCUAAUGUUUUGACACAGCACACACACUCCAGUGCGAUAAGUCUCUCUAUAAGAUCCCCAAAAGUGCCCAUGUCAGCGGGAUCCUCUGAACUUUGGCCCAGACUCGGACUCUGACCCAAACUGGGACUUGGUGGAGUCCUGGGUUCAGAGCAAAGCCAAUCUCUGUUGCAGAAGUGGGUAGUGCUUGUAUUUUCUCCAUUUAUAAUUCAGUUCCCAUGAUGAGGAGGCUUCUGUUGGUGUCUAACUCCACUCUGCACGGCAGCGGUUAUCUGGACCACUGCCAGCAGCAAAUCACAGACUUCUUUGGAAAGGAUGUGAAGAAGGUGCUAUUUGUCCCUUACGCUCUCCAUGACAGAGAUGGCUACACGAAAACAGCUCGAGACAAGUUUCGGACUCUAGGUUACGAAGUGGAUGGCAUCCAUGAGGCAGCUGACCCAGUUGAGGCUGUGCGGAAAGCAGAAGCCAUAUUUAUAGGAGGUGGCAACACAUUUCGUCUGUUGAAGACCCUCUAUGACAACAAGGUGGUUUCGGAGAUCAGGAAGAGAGUUCUUGAGGACGGUGUUCCGUACAUGGGCUCCAGUGCUGGAACCAACGUAGCCACGAUUAGCAUUAGCACCACCAAUGACAUGCCCAUCGUUUACCCACCGUCCUUUGCAGCAAUCGGCCUUGUCCCCUUCAACAUCAACCCACACUACCUCGAUCCAGAUACCAACAGCCGACACAUGGGGGAGACCAGGGAGCAGAGGAUCACGCAGUACCAUGAGGAGGUCGAAACCUGCGUUCUGGGUCUGAGAGAGGGCUGUAUGUUGCUGGUGGAGGGAAGCAAAGCCACACUGCUGGGCUCCACAAACGCCCGCCUCUUCACCAGAGGGAGGCCGUGUGUAGAGUAUAAACCCGGCAGUGACCUGAGCUUCCUGCUGACAGACGCACACUGACCAAUCACACGACAGAAUCCAUGUCACCACGGAGAUAAUUAAUAGAUGUGAUUUUUAAAAUGCCUCUAAUUUGUACUGUAAAAAGGUUGUUUAAAAUGAAGAAUCAGACUGUGAUCAUCAAAACUUCAAAAAAUCGGGGAAAGACUUUUGCUUUGCAAUGGUACCCUCUGGUGGAAUAAAUCCCAUAUUGCACUUGAAGUCACUGAAUAAUAGGACUUUACACCUGUAUUCCAUACAGUAUUUGUAUAAUAGAAAAAGGAGUAGUAGGCAGUAGUGUUAGUGCAGGGAUUGUGCAAAAAUAUCUAAUAAUAACUAUAAGAGCAUUAACUUUUGUGAGAAUGCUGAAAUGUUUACGUGGAAUUUGCUGCAUUUUAGAACUUGUUUGUAAAAGACCAGUCAACUAAAGUCUGCUUUUAAGUUUAAGGAAAUUCUUGGAUGACUAAAAAACAUGUCCUGCACAUCAAUUAAUCCAACUAAAAGGGGGCGUGCCGCUGGUAAAAGCUCUCAAAAUGAUUCUAAGGAUGCAAAGACAAAGACGACUAUAUACAGAGAUGUACAAGUGAACAGCACCUUCCUAAGUGAAAAGAGAGAUUAACUGUGCAGUCACUCCCAAAACUCCAAAUACCUUCUCCUUUGUGCUGUGGUAUAAAUAAAUCCUAAUGAAAUCAUCAAACUGAUCAAUUGACCUAACAGAUUGUUUACAUGUUUUACAGCCAAAAUUACUACAGUUUAAGCAAUCAUAGCCAUUGCCCACUCCAGUUACAAUAGAGUGGAUAACAAUAAGUCCACAUGACCUAUUCACCCCUGAUAAAAACAGAGCAUCUUAAUGAAAAAAGUAAUAAUAAUAAUUUGUGGAGCAAGAAAAAUAACCUUCUCCAUUCUACAUAAGCAUCGCAUUGGCUUACAUACAUCUGCAGAGCCAUGGCCCACACCAGGUUCAUUACUUCAUCUCUCGCUCUGACAUAGAAACACAAAUAUGCUCUCGGCUUUGUUUAAACACUGCUCUUAUUUGAACCAGACGUCAGCGAUUAGCUCAUUGCUUUGGCACAGUCUUUCCCAAACAACACAGAACAUGCAUUACUGAAAAGAUGAAUGAAGAUUGUUGUAACAAAUAGAAAAAACAAGAAUAAACAACUAAACCAGGAUUAUAUCAAACUGACUAUUGCCUAAUGAAAUUAAGACAAAA